AUGACCUAUCUUGCCCUCAGGAUCUGCGACAUGGAUCCCACCGUGUUUCUGCAUGAAGACAGAAUCUUCUCUCCUUCACCUCAGCAGAAAUCAGGAUAUCUCCAAUGCGGAUGCUGCUCCGUCGUGAAGAGCAAGGCUGUGUGCUGCUGCCAGCCAUGCCAGUCUGUCUGCUGUGACCCAUGCCAGAAGCCCUGCUGUGACCCAUGCCAGCAGUCUGUCUGCUGUGACCCAUGCCAGAAGCCCUGCUGUGACCCAUGCCAGCAGUCUGUCUGCUGUGACCCAUGCCAGAAGCCCUGCUGUGACCCAUGCCAGCAGUCUGUCUGCUGUGAUCCAUGCCAGAAGCCCUGCUGUGACCCAUGCCAGCAGUCUGUCUGCUGUGACCCAUGCCAGAAGCCCUGCUGUGACCCAUGCCAGCAGUCUGUCUGCUGUGACCCAUGCCAGAAGCCCUGUUGUGACCCAUGCCAGCAGUCUGUCUGCUGUGACCCAUGCCAGCAGUCUACCUGCUGUGACCCAUGCCAGCAGUCUACCUGCUGUGACCCAUGCCAGCAGUCUGUUUGCUGUGACCCAUGCCAGAAGCCCUGCUGUGACCCAUGCCAGCAGUCUACCUGCUGUGACCCAUGCCAGCAGUCUACCUGCUGUGACCCGUGCCAGCAGUCUACCUGCUGUGACCCAUGCCAGCAGUCUGUCUGCUGUGACCCAUGCCAGCAGUCCGUCUGUGAUACCAAGGUGUGCCAGAAGACCUGCUCUUGCUGUGGCCAGGUACCCUGCUGCUGUACCUGCCGCCCUUGCUGCCCUGCUGCGUGUCUAUCUUGCUGCUCCUACACCGUGAAGAAGCCCAUUGUGCUGAAUUGCAGCCCUGUGCCAUGCUGCUAUCCCCUGAGGAAGUAUGGCAUUCCCAUCCAGCAGUGCUGUACCACAAUCAAGAGGCUUCGCUGA